AACAACUGUGUGGCCUGGCCUGGUUGGGCGCCGGUCCUGCCUCCAGAGCUCAGUACUAGCUGCAGCUGCUAUGCUGACUCAUAUGUAGCUGACAGCAGGAGCUAGAAGCAUGGGCUUUCUAGGGGCGGCAGCAGCCCAGGGGCUCCUGGAUUAUAAGACAGAGAAGUAUGUGAUGACCCGGAACUGGAAGGUGGGCAUCUUGCAGAGACUGCUUCAGCUCGGAGUGGUGGCCUAUGUGGUGGGGUGGGCCCUCGUUGUGAAGAAAGGCUACCAGGAGAGAGACUUGGACCCUCAUGUUUCUGUCAUUACCAAACUCAAAGGGGUUUCUGUGACACAGAUCAAAGAGCUCGAGAACCGGCUUUGGGAUGUGGCUGACUUUGUAAAGCCACCACAGGGAGAGAACGUGUUCUUCUUGGUGACCAACUUCCUUGUGACACCAGUUCAAGUUCAAGGCAGAUGCCCAGAGCACCCCUCUGUCCCACUGGCUAACUGCUGGGCCCAAGAGGACUGCCCUGAAGGGGAGACUGGGACACAUAGCCAUGGCAUAAAAACAGGUCAGUGUGUGGUAUUCAAUGAGACCCACAGUACCUGUGAGAUCCGGAGUUGGUGCCCUGUGGAGAGCAGAGCCGUGCCCAUGAGGCCCCUGCUGGUCCAGGCCAAGAACUUUACGCUGUUCAUCAAAAACACUGUCACCUUUAGCAAGUUCAACUUUUCCAAGACCAAUGCCUUGGACACUUGGGACACCGCCUAUUUCAAGCACUGUCGCUACGAUCCACACUCCAGCCCCUACUGCCCAGUGUUCCGCAUUGGGGACCUUGUGGCAGCAGCUGGAGCCGAUUUCGAUGACUUAGCGUUGCUGGGUGGCGCUGUAGGCAUCACGGUCCACUGGGAUUGCAACCUGGACAUCGGGGACACUGACUGCUGGCCUCGCUACUCUUUCCAGCUGCAAGAGAGGGGUUACAACUUCAGGACAUCCAAUCACUGGUGGGAGGCCUCGGGCGUGGAGACCCGGAGUCUGCUCAAACUUUAUGGGAUCCGCUUUGACAUCCUUGUUACUGGCCAGGCAGGGAAGUUUGGGCUGGUCCCCACAGCCAUCACAGUGGGCACUGGAGCGGCCUUGCUGGGUGUGGUCACCUUCCUCUGUGACUUGCUGUUGCUAUAUGUGGAUAGAGAAGCCCACUUCUACUGGAGGACGAAGUAUGAGGAAGUGAGUUGCAGGCCUGUGUUGGUCCUAAAGCCAAGGUCAUUCUGUCUGGACACUGGCUUCUAUCACACUUUGGGGAUGGUAACCAGAUCCCUGAUCAGCUGGUUUUUCUUUUCUGUAGGCAAAAGCCCCCAAAGCAAAUGCCAGCCCUGCACAGACAAAUCCAGCCUUCCCACCCACGAGCCCGGAUGCCCAGCUGCCUUAGAUGGUGCCAGCAUUUGCCCCUCACAUCGCUACUUUUGGCAUCCUGAAACAAAUGUGAGGGUGGCCCUGUCUGGGCUCCAGAACCACUUGCCUUGUCUAUUCCCAAGGCCUGUAGCUGUUCUCUGCUUGUUAGGAGUUGAGGGCUAGGGGACUGGCUCACAGAGGAAGCACAGUAAGAUUGGAGAGGGGGACUCCUCCUUUGAACUCCCAAGAAGACUAAGUCCAGCCUUGGCAGGGUGCUACUUGGGAGGACAAAGAAGCCAGUUUUGUUUAAAGACAUGGGGGGGGAGUGACAGUUGAGCCACAGAGGUAGAGAGAGGCCAGAGUACCCCACAAGGCAUCAUGGGUAGAGGGCCCACAUCUGUUCAAUCUGUAAACACCUGCUGCUUCUCUCAGGCUACAGAGGGCUGUGACAAGGAGAGGGUAAUAUGGUUGAGAUGGUGGUCACUGGGUCCUUUGGGAUCUUCUGUCUAUCUCCUCAGAGGCCCUCCACCCCCACCCCAACCCGGAUCCUGAAUACCAGGUUUAUUGGGGUCCAUGGAGUAAGGAGAGUGUACCUCUAGAAAAUGCAGCUCCCCUCUGAGAUUGGCAGAAGACCCAGCUUGAGAAGGCCUCCUGGUCUCAAGUCUUGGCUGUGUCCCUGUACCAGAGCUACCUUGGCAGGGCCUCAAUAUCUUUGCUGUCAUUGGAACCAUUGUCUAGUUUAGGGGAGAGAAAGAGGCAGGUAAGAACUCAGUGCUAAAAGAAUGCUACAGUACAUGGUAGUUGGCAAUGUGGCCAGAGGGACAGUUAUUAUUAUGGAUCUCUGAGGCAUAGCCUCUUUCCUGACUAUUGCCAUUUAGCUCACAUUCAGGAACAUGUUUAGGCAGCUGCCCAUGCUGCGAUGAGGCCCUUGCAUGCAAAAGGCCGUAACUCUGACCCCAGGUAGAGUACAGAUGCUGCAAGCAAUGCCCUAACUAAGUCCUGCCAAGUUCUGGCUCUGAAAUUCUCCAGCAGGAGCUCAAAUUCUGCCUGAUGGAAAUUGUUUCCAUGUCCUGGGGCCAUGGUGAGGAGGAAAGGAUAGGGCUACAGGAAGCCAAGCCUCUCUUAGGCCCAAGGUGAGGCAGGGAUUUGGAAAUACCCACAGCUCAGUAAACUACUGCUUUCUCAUGAGUGUCUGGCCACCAGAAUUGUGCUGGCACUGAAGCUGCAUUAACAUCUGGAAUCAUGUGGCAUCCAAAGCUUCAGCACCUCUGCGGCCUCUUGGUAUCCAGAGCAAUGGUUUUCAUGGAGGAGGACUCCAGGGAACUAGAGCGGGAGGGUAUGGAUCCCAAGGCCCGGUGAUCAGAGGCCGGUCACAUGUACCUGGUUGUUCCCAGGAUCUAGAGAAAGUUGAUGUCACUACUGAAGUAAAGCUUUCCAAAACCAACAGCUUCCUGCCUUUCCAGGGAGGGAAGGGAAGGGACAGGGUGGCUAAAUGGACAUAGCCAUAAGGACCCCAGUGGAAUUAUGUAUAUAACAUGGGCUAGGGUGUUUCUAGAAACUCCCUCUUUGUACUCAAGCUGAAAGGUAGCAGGGGCAGCCCCAGGCACUGGUGCACAUGUACAUUCAUGUGCAGCUUUCAUCUGUGCCCCACUGGAGCACAGAUCUCCAUGGGCACUACUGCCCUAGGCACUGAGUAGCAGCAGAAACUCCAAAGGCUUUAUCUGAAAGCCCUGGCAAAGUGGAUAAAGAGAGAGACAGCAAGAGCAAGCUGUGGCUGGGCCUGAGCUUGCAAGUAGUUACCACUUCCAUUACCUUGGAGUAGCCAUUUGUGCCAUGAAGGUAUAUGCAUGGAGAGGAGGGGUCCUAUGGAAAUAUGCCUGUGUCCAGAUGCGUCCUAAGUGGGCCUGGAGCCCAUGCUCUGAUCUCUGGGAGCCCUAAAAAACCAAAAGGUCCCUUGAAUAUCACUGCUUUUUCUGAAUGACCUCCCUCAGGCCCAGCCAUUACUCCCUAAAUCUACCCCUAGACAUGGGGAGCUCACUCCACCCUUGUCAUGGGUUUUUCCUCACCUGGGAUAGAGAAUCCAACAUGAGGAUGACUCCUAGUCCCAAAUCUAGCUGUGUCCUUGUCCCAGAGAUACCUUUACAGAGCCUCGCUAUCUUUUCUGUGAACUGGGAACAACUGCCUGGUUUGAGAGGAAAGGGGGAAGCAUAGGAACUUAGUGCCUA